GAGCUUUCGGUGAGUGAAAUUUCUAGGGUUUCGAGAUCAGUGCUGCGGGGUAGGAACCUUCGCCGCUUGAGAAGCAGCCAUGGCGACCACGAAGGUUCAGCGGAUCAUGACCCAGCCCAUUAACCUCAUCUUUAGGUUUCUUCAAAGUAAAUCUCGUAUCCAGAUUUGGCUUUUUGAGCAGAAGGAUUCGAGGAUUGAGGGCCGGAUCAUUGGCUUUGAUGAAUACAUGAAUUUGGUUUUGGAUGAUGCUGAAGAAUUGAAUGUCAAGAAGAAUACAAGAAAACAAUUGGGGAGGAUCCUGUUGAAAGGUGACAACAUAACCCUUAUGAUGAACACGGGGAAGUAAUAAUUCCUUGCUGUCUGAAAGCUAUUGUGCCUGAGCUGCCUGCAGCUUAGUGUGUAUCUGUCUGAGAUCAUCAGCUGGCCGUUGUAUUUCAGAUGCCCAUAUUCUACCAAUCCUUCUUCAUAUGCAGAUCAAUUUUACUUUUUAAAUUGAGCUAGUUCUGUUAAUGGUCCUACCUUAAAAAGACCAAAUAUCGAACUUUGAAAUUUCAUACCGUUUAGGUAGCAUCUUUAUUUCGGUGUAAACUAGACUUUCUUUCUGGCCUUC